AUGAUCCCAAAACAACAAUUCAUACUUUGGAUUGCGUUUGGAGAAAGGUUGCACACGAGGGAUUGGGUAAAGAAGUACAUGGAGAUUCUAGAUGAUAGCUGCCUAUUAUGCGAAGGGAAUGAGGAAUCUAUUGAUCACCAACUAGGCGGCUGCGCAUUUACAAGAUUGGUUUGGAACAAAUAUGCAUCAAAUAUGGGUUUAUUGAGAUUUCCGGGGGAUUGGGAGGAAGUUAAGGUGGCUAUCCUAACUAAAGUCAAAGGUAAAAAAAUUUCAGGAAGUGUUUAUAAAUGCGGGUUUGGAACGGUUGUUUACCAUAUUUUGGGUGAAAAGAACGCAAGAGUCUAUGGGAGAGUUCGUAGAAGUGUGGAUGAAGUGUGA